GUUCUUUUGUAAUUCUUUGGAUUUUUUUUACUGACUUGUGUGCAAAAUUUUGCUUUUAAACUGUCACUAUUACGCAGACUUCCAUUCUCACAACGCUUUUUUUCCGUUCUGUCGGGACCAAUAGCGACGAUGGCCAGAGGCAGCAAAACGAGCGAUAUAGAGUCUGUACCUUUAGUGGAGGUGAAAGAAGAUAAAAACGAAGCCAAGUCAAAAAUCAUAGUACCACUUGUACAUUCAAAUCCACGAUCGUACAAAGGACGUUUAGGCUACGCUUGUCUCAAUACGAUUCUGCGAUCUCAAAAGCCGCCUGUAUUCUGCUCUCGAACAUGCCGCUUAGAUACCGUGAAGAAAAAAGGAAUCGAGUAUGUCAAGGAGCUGGCUUUGCAGAACGUGGAAGACAUCAAAGCUCUCAUAGAAUGGAACGAAGCACAUGGUAUCAAAUUCAUGCGCAUGUCGAGCGAUAUUUUUCCUUUUUCGAGCCACGACGACAUUGGAUACGAGCUGGACUUUGCGAAAAAUGAGCUUGCUGAAAUCGGUGAGCUUGCUGCCAAAUAUAACCAUCGCUUGACCACUCAUCCUGGUCAAUACAAUCAGCUUGGCUCGCCAAAUCCACUGGUAGUUGCAAGAACUGUAAAGGAUUUGCAUUAUCAUGCCACGAUGUUGGAUUAUAUGGGGCUUCCUCCAGAUUCUAUCAUGAUCAUACAUAUGGGUGGAAUGUACGGUGAUAAACCUGCAACAUUAUCGCGAUUCGAAGAAAACUAUAAGAACUUACCGGAGCAUAUCAAGAGGCGGCUGGUUUUGGAAAAUGACGAACUUUGCUAUUCAGUAUCCGACUUACUUCCCGUGUGUCAAAAGCUAGAUAUUCCACUCGUACUGGAUUGGCAUCACCACAGCAUUAAUCCGGGCGAAGCGACUGGGAUUCUUGAGUUAUUACCGGCUAUUAAUGCAACAUGGACUCGACGAGGUUUAAAACCUAAACAGCACUAUUCAGAGUCCAGACCAGGAGCGGUAUCAGCCAUGGAAAGACGAGCUCACAGCGACCGCGUAAAAACUCUGCCGCCAUGCACGGACGAUGUUGACUUGAUGAUCGAAGCAAAAGACAAGGAGCAAGCAGUACUUGAACUAUACAAAUUGUACGGUCUGGGUCCGGUGGAUGAAGAGGCAUAUAUCCCGCAAAAAGGUGUUGAAUCCAAAAACACAAAAGGACGCAAAAGCUCGAAAAAGAAAAAGCCCACGGAGGAGGUCAUUGAAGAAGCUGUAAACGAGGUAGUGGAGGUGAUAGAAACACGAGCGCAGAGGAGAAAGAGAGUGUGUGUUGAAGAAACCACGGUUUCAAUCAAAGAAGAGGAACCUAGCACAGCAUUGGUCAAAAGUAAAAAACGAACAACCACGAAGAACAAAACCAAGAAGAAGGGUACAUAGCACAAUAAUUUAUAAAAAGAUAACGCUCAUUGCUUGUAAUAUAAAAGAAGAUGGUAUGUGAAUUGCUGCUGGAAAGUUCUCCAGUGUCAAUAUCGAAGGGAACAAAGAAAACUUUGUAACACGAAAAUCCGAUAUUUGACGAUGAGAAGACCUUUUCUACCAGGCGUAUUAUUUACCAUCUGUA